GACUGGAAUAAGGUAGAACAGGUUAUGCCUUUGAAAUCAGUUCCGAAGUUACCCAAACAUGAGUCUUUUCCAACCCCCAGUGGCUGGUUUCCUCCUAAAGUCAAGGGCGAUUUACCGUAUUUCGUCAGAAGACGAAGGGAUCAUCUUUUUCCCGUAUAUUUACACGUUAAAAGAGACAAAUUGGAUCCAAAAACUAUGGACUUCGAUUACGUGGAACUCGUGGAAUUAAGGGAUGUAGCUGGAAACAUUUUUGCUUUUGCGAAAGACAUGCAGGAAUUUCUUGAAGGAGAAUUAAGCCAUCCAGUAGCAAUUAAUGUAGACGAACUAAAAGGGAGAGUAACCGUUAAAGGCUCCGAAAGAUCGCAAGUUGAGAUGUUCCUGAACAGAUGUGGCUUUUGA